AUGCAGACUGAAAACAGCACAGUUGUGAGGGAAUUCAUCCUCCUGGGACUGACCCAGUCUCACAACGUUCAGCUCCUGGUCUUUGUUCUGAUCUUAGUUUUCUACCUCAUCAUCUUGCCUGGAAAUGUUCUCAUCAUCUUCACUAUCAGAUCAGACCCUGGACUCACAGCCCCACUUUAUUUAUUUCUUGGCAAUUUGGCCUUCCUAGAUGCGUCCUACUCCUUCAUUGUGGCUCCCAGGAUGUUGGUGGACUUCCUCUCUGAGAAGAAGAUAAUCUCCUACAAAGCCUGUAUCACUCAGCUAUUUUUCUUGCACUUCCUUGGGGGAGGAGAGGAGCUACUUCUUGUUGUGAUGGCCUUUGACCGCUACAUUGCCAUCUGCCGGCCUUUAUACUAUUCAACUGUCAUGAGUCCUAGGGUCUGCUAUGUGCUGUUGUUGGCUCCUUGGUUUGGAGGCUUUGUCCACUCCAUUACUCAGGUGGUCCUCAUCCUCCGCUUGCCCUUCUGUGGUCCAAACCACCUAGACAACUUCUUCUGUGAUGUCCCACAGAUCAUCAAGCUGGCCUGCACAGACACUUUCGCCAUAGAACUCCUGAUGGUUUUCAACAGUGGCCUGCUCACCCUCCUCUGCUUCCUGGGGCUUUUGUCGUCCUAUGCAGUUAUAUUGUGCCGUGUACAUAGGUCAGCUUCUGAAGGGAAGACCAAAGCCAUAUCCACAUGCACCACUCAUCUCAUUGUUAUAUUUCUUAUGUUUGGACCUGCAAUUUUCAUCUACACUCGUCCAUUCAGGGCCUUGCCAGCUGACAGAGCGGUUUCAUUCUUCCACACUGUAAUAUUUCCAUUGAUGAAUCCUGUGAUCUAUACUCUUCGAAACCAGGAAGUAAAAACAUCCAUGAAAAAGUUACUUAGUCGGCACAUAGUUUGUUAA